AUGGCAUUUCUUUGUCCCGUAAGGAUAAGAAGGGGGAAAAAGAAGAAAUCUAGUAGUGGUGAUUCUGAUAAAGAACUAUCAAGGCCUAGUUCUGUACUAAGUCCUGGUAUGGGCCGCAUCACAGGAUCAGCUAGUAUUGAAACAUUGGUACGUGUUGGCAUAGAAAAGGAACAUGGAUUAAGUCCAGAUUCAAAAAUGGUUGUCCUGCAUGACUUUGCCCCAUGUGUUGAUGAUGAACUUGAGGUAAAAAGAGGGCAAAUAGUGAAUGUGUUAUAUCGAGAAAACGAUUGGGUGUAUGUAAUAGUGACAGAUUCCCGGAGAGAAGGUUUCAUACCACACUCGUACUGUGCUCCGUGCGAUCAUCACGACUUGAAGAAAAAGCUUCCAAGAAGUCGAUCACCCACUGACCUAGCUCAUAGGGAUGUAUCACAGCUAUCGCUGUCAGACGGUGCAACUAACGACGGCCACUCGGAGUUGGGCAGCGAGGGUGAAGCUUGCCCCUUCAGUAAGGAUCCGUCUGGGCGAUUUGUGGUGCUGUACACGUUCACGGCGAGGGAUGAAAACGAUGUGGAUGUGGAAAGAGGGGAGUUUGUUACAGUUCUCAAUAGGGAAGACCCGGACUGGUACUGGAUAGUAAGGAGCGACGGUCAAGAAGGGUUUAUUCCAUCGGGUUUUGUGUACCCCGCCGUUGUUCAACCUACACAACAAGACACGGCGCAGCCGCUGCACCCGCCGCCGGCCAGCGCGCCGCUUUUGCCCCCCAACAUGAACAUGAGCAACAUGGCCGGCGCGCCCGACGGCGACGCGCGCUACCACGGCACGGAGCUAGUCAUGCUGUAUGAUUAUAAGGCGCAGGCGCCGGACGACCUGUCGGUGAAGCGCGGCGAGUGGGUGUAUGCGGACCUCACGCAGCAGACGGUGGAGGGCUGGCUGUGGGCGCACGCGCCCAAGUCGCGGCGCUCCGGGUUCAUACCCACCGCCUACGCGCGCGCGCCGCACACCACCUCGCUA